GAAGGUCGCCGUACAGUAUUUCAAGAGUAUGUAAAUGCCAAGCUGCCAAACCUUUGAACAUUUCCUGUGUCGAUCGGCUUGCUGGAGACACAAUUUUCGUCUGCUUUUGUUAUUAUAUUAUUUUUUUCCUCUACUACAUAAGGAACUUCUGAUAUUCUACAUCAGUUAAUAAACUGAGACAAGCCGGUUCGUAUAGACAUGGAUUUACAAACUAAAAAACCUACUAUUUUGGAAUUUCGCUGGUUACUUCUAAUCUGCGUCUACAUAAAUGUUUCAGCAACAAUAUCAGGUCAUGCGGGGUCUAUGAAGGUCACGGCUCCCUACGUCUCCUUCAGCUGUCCCGAGGGUGCCAACGUCACUUUGAAAUGCUCCUUAUAUGGCCAUCUGGCUGACAUCCAUGACAAAGUGGGAAGGAACUGGCUCUUCAGCGCAGGGAGGAACCCCCAGUGCAAGGAGAGGGUUCACCCACGCCACGUGAAGGACAACGGCACCCACACGGGGGUGUUCCUAUCCUCCGACCACAAGGGCACCUUCUUCAUGACCCUCGCCAACCUCACCGUGGCGGACCAGGGCGGCUACUGCUGCUACGUCUACGAUAUCACCAUGGAGCACAACAAACCCCACCUGCUGGGCAGCGACCACGGCUACAUAGAGCUCAAUGUCACCCAGAACGGCAGCAGCUCCAAUCAGAAGUGCAUCUCCCAUGCUGCCCCUCACACUCCCAAGGACAGCAAGGAAGGCUCGACAGCGCUGGGCUUAGCGACAGCAGGGAGCAUCUUGGGAGUCCUGUCCCUGCCUGUCAUUCUCCUGCUGGUGUACAAGCAGAGGCAGAGCAUUGUAUCUAACAGACGAGCCCAUGAGCUUGUGAGGAUGGACAGUGAGGCCCUGGGUCAUGAGAACCCCGUUUUCGACGAGGCGCCGCACCCCAGUGUGAAGACCCGCAGCACCACUCAGAUAAUGAUGAGGCAGUCGUCAGAGACAGGGCGCCACCUGCUGUCCGAGCCCGGCACCCCACUCUCCCCACCGGCACUUGGGGACUGCUUCUUCCCUUCGCAAGAACCCAUUCCGGAAUCACCUGAUUUAAUAAAUGUAUAGAAUAAUAAUAAUAAUAAUACAAAAAAAAAAACAGCUGUACAACUGCCACAGAUUCUUGCUGUAUUUUCAAAGGAAACAUACUGCAGAUCAACCCCACAUUUAUACCUGUUGUUUCAUUCAGUGUUUGUAAGUUUUAAAGACAGACCUGACCUGUAUGUGGUGCCGUAUUGCAAGGCUUUCAGUUUCAUGCUUACCGGUUCCUGUGUUGUGCGGGAUAAAGCCGCUCCCGCAACACUACAACAGAAACGGACCAAACUAUCAAAGCACUCUGUUGCAGGGGGGAACUUGUGUGCAAAGCACAGCACGCUGGUACACCUCACCUCAGACAAACAACAAGAACAUUCCUGGGCAUGGAUUCGGAUCUACCCGGGGAGGAGACACAGUCAUGGAGGAACCAUCUGGGGCUCAGCACAAGGAUACCAAACCUCAUAUGCUGCAGUCUUAAAAAAGGGCUACUUGACUCAAAUUUCCAAAACACCAAGCAAGAAAGGACAGUAUAUUAGCAAGAUGUGACAUGGUUAAGGAUCUGAUAAUACAAUGUGUUCCUAUGAUGACCCUGUAAAUAUAUACAAAUAUUAAAUUACCAAGUGCACAGUGCAUCUUCCAGGCAGUCCCCCUGGUACAUCCCUUAGAAAAGUUUCCCACAGUAAAAGCCUAGCAACCAAACGAGCAAGAAGGGCUGAAUGGCCUCCUCUCGUUUGUAAACUUUCUUAUGUUCUUAUGUUCAAAGUGUAAUAAAGCAUAGUGAAAGCAAUGUAAAGCACAGGCAAGCAAUGUAAAGCACAGGCAAGCAAUGUAAAGCACAGGCAAGCAAUGUAAAGCACAGGCAAGCAAUGUAAAGCACAGGCAAGCAAUGUAAAACCCGGGAGGUAUGGUAAAGCAUACUAAAACACUUUUAUAAGGGAUACUGUCUGGUAUGGGACUUGCCUAGUUUGUCACAAACAGAUGUCACUGGAAGAUGAAGGGACAUUCAUUUUUCUUUUAAUGUGUAUACUUGUUUCUCAGUCGUAUCUACUGUAUCCAACGUUAGCACCUUUUUGUACAUAGCAUUCCUCUGCUGACUUCAAUACCUGUCCGUAAUGCGUGUGUAUAUAUAAAUAUAUGUGUUAUAUUUGAAAGGUUUUUCAGUAUAUAUGUUUAAUUUUCAGUUUAAGAGUUACUUACUACUCUGACAAAGGCACUAGCCAAAAUGUUUGCGUGCUUGAGUUAGGGGUCCGUUUGAUGAACCCGUACCCCACAGGGAGAAACCUGGCAUUUCGUAGCACUGUACACCAUCUUGUCACAUUAAACAUGUGGUUGAUCUUAUCUGUCUCCAUCUGUUCUGAGAAUAGGUUGAUCAGACCAGUCCCUUAGUUUAAGUUAAGUCAAUAAUGGGUGUUGAAAAGGGUUACAAUUAUUAGUACAGUUGAAGCGAAGGUAAAUAAUCAAACUUAACCCGUUCAGUCCUGAACAAUUUUUUUUUUUAAAUUAAAUUACACAAAAAGGAACUCCUUCAUUUUCUGGGACCUAGGAGUGCAGUGAGGUUCCAACGCGAUUUCAACGACACAGCUUAACUAACGCCGCUAGACAAGGUCCAGAGAGGACUGAAAGAGUUAAAAGAGCAACGGCUGCUUCGUGCUUCAAACGCCUGACCACCGCUGAGGGCAGUUACUUGUCUCUCCAGUUGUACGACUGUCCAGAGUUGAAUUGUUCUCAGCUCGAGCAGGCCAGUAUCUCUGUUAUGUCUUUAGUUUUCUGUGCAUCAGUCUGUCAAAGAAUGUAUCGUUUACUGUUUACAUUUUAUUACAUGAAAAAAAAGGAUAUAUAUAUAUUUUUGUUUUGUUUUGUUUUUGGAAAAUUAUAUUGUUAAAGAAAAUAAAUCAAGUUAUAUUGUUCUUAAAUUAUUAUUUUUUUUAAUACCUUCCCCCAAAAUAAACGUGUGUUUCUAAUGAAGUGUCCAGAUCCUCACUGGCCUGAUUGAUACAGCUGAAGGAGGUGUUCCUAAUAAACUGUCUGGAUCCUCACUGGUCUGAUUGAUACAGCUCAGGGAGGUGUUCCUAAUAAACUGGCCGGAUCCUCACUGGUCUGAUUGAUACAGCUCAAGGAGGUGUUCCUAAUAAACUGGCCGGAUCCUCACUGGUCUGAUUGAUACAGCUCAGGGAGGUGUUCCUAAUAAACUGGCCUGAUCCUCACUGGUCUGAUUGAUACAGCUCAGGGAGGUGUUCCUAAUAAACUGUCCGGAUCCUCGCUGGUCUGAUUGAUACAGCUCAAGGAGGUGUUCCUAAUAAACUGGCCGGAUCCUCACUGGCCUGAUUGAUACAGCUCAAGGAGGUGUUCCUAAUAAACUGUCUGGAUCCUCACUGGUCUGAUUGAUACAGCUCAAGGAGGUGUUCCUAAUAAACUGGCCGGAUCCUCACUGGUCUGAUUGAUACAGCUCAGGGAGGUGUUCCUAAUAAACUGGCCUAUCCUCACUGGUCUGAUUGAUACAGCUCAAGGAGGUGUUCCUAAUAAACUGGCCUGAUCCUCACUGGUCUGAUUGAUACAGCUCAGGGAGGUGUUCCUAAUAAACUGGCCUGAUCCUCACUGGUCUGAUUGAUACAGCUCAGGGAGGUGUUCCUAAUAAACUGGCCUGAUCCUCACUGGUCUGAUUGAUACAGCUCAGGGAGGUGUUCCUAAUAAACUGGCCUGAUCCUCACUGGUCUGAUUGAUACAGCUCAGGGAGGUGUUCCUAAUAAACUGGCCUGAUCCUCACU